AUGGCCCCAAAGAGGCGUCUGCCGCGCUUGACGCAGGCAGCGGACGGCCAACCAAAUCUUGAGGACGCGGCUGCAGAGCGCAUCGACGCCGUCACCGCUGAGCCGCUGCACGCCACAAAAUACGUUGAGAUCCUUAGCCCAGAUGGGACCCUCCGUCUCUUCUACAACACCGCAACACUCGUUCGCAUUGCCACAGACAGAGGCAUGUUUAUGCAGCCACCGCACUUCCGGGAGAUAAUGGUGCCAUCACUGCAGCGUCAGGUGGAGGAAAUCGAAGGGCGAACGUUUCACUUUGAAAAACGUAACGUACUUCUUCACAAUGCAACCGAUGGUGGCGAUGGCGGCCUCCAUGUUCUUCACAGGCAUGUAUACUUUGAUCAGAUUAUGGAUGAGUUCUACCUUCUCAACCCGGCUGAGCUCUACGUCUGCCCGGCGUGCUACCUUCACUGGGUCAGCACCCGAUUCCUUCCACACUUGACCGCCACACGGCAGCGCGUUGAGUACGUGAACGAUGACCCGAAUCCCGUCAUUGACCCGCUUGACGUACUGGCACACAUGCAAGGUGUGGAAGGCGCCACAGGUGCGGGUGAUGCGGACGAAAAUGCAUCGCGCGAAAGCAGUGCUGAGCCGGAGCGUGUGCCAAUGACCAUUCCCUCGAUGGAUGCGCAGCCUGACUGGGACUCUCCAUUGGUUCACAUUGUGUUCCGUCGUGCGGUGAGCUGGAAGCGUCACGUUCGUCGUCACCACAACGAAACGCAUACGGCCGCUGUGGAUUAUCGCUUAAAGGAGUUUCUCUCUCAGUACAUCUCACAAUACAAUCGCCUUGCGGAAGAGAAGUAUCGAAAGCGGCGGCAUGACGGCAACACUGCAGCUGCUAGAGGCCCCACGUUGACAGUGACACGAUAUUGGCAUAUCAAUGCGCGUUACAACCGCUUGCGGUACAACAGGAUUGUAGAGGCGGUGGAGCGAGCUGAGCCGCACAUUGACGAUUGCGUGGAGCGAAUGACCUUUACAAAUGAAGAGGUCAUGAACACGUUUCACCCCAAUGACAAGGACACCUCGGGGAGUGACUUUAUCUGCGACUCCGACAGCAGCAGUUGCGCGAGCAGCUACGGUGGUUUCCCGCGCUACGAGGGUUCCCUGAGCUCGCGCGAUGCGGAUGACGCGGGCGAGCCAGCGAAGUCCCGAAAGCGUCGACGCACGCCGAGCAGCACAUCUUCCUCCUCCUCGUCUAGCGAGGAUGGUGAUGAUGAUGAAGAGGAGGAAGAGGAAGAGGAAGAGGAGGAAGCUGAUGGGUUUGAUACGAAAAGGCAGGAGCAGCAGCGCAAACUCUAUAAGAGCGGUCUGCUCGCACCACUUCCCGGCCCAUACCGUGAUCUCUCGUACGAGGAACGUUGCGUAUUGGAGGCGCAUUCGAGACGUGUGAUUAAACCAACGGCGCUGUACGUCCCGCCACAGGCAGAUGAUGCCAGCGAUGAGAGGGGGAAUGAAGAGGUAGACUGGAGCCAAAUUGGCGGCACAAUCGAAGGGGCCGAGGGGUAUGUACGAGAUAUCCAGCAGCGCCAGUCAACUGUUGCUCCGAAGCGUGCGGUGCGCCGCAAAGAAGAGUUGACAAGAUUGAGGGAAGGAGAAGCGCGGGGAACACGACCCCCGUGCCAUGGAGAGCCUGAAGCACGUGCGGCCAUAUCUGUGGCCCAUUCAAGCCUCAUGUUGGAUGAUGACUCAGUGAGGCCCGUGGUAACAACGACGAGAGACACAUUACCGACGAAAAAACAACAGCUCCUGCUUUUGGAUGACUCCGAGUGA